AUGGCCACGAACACCCCCAUCCCCUCCACCCCACACACACAAGUCCCCUCCACCCCACUCAACACACAAGACUCCAAUGUCGACAACGCUAAUUCCAAGAGAAAAAGAGGGCCAAACUGGCUUCCCCGUGAGGAAGAACAGCUGGCCAUCUCAUGGCUCAACGUCAGCGAACAACCGGAAUUUGCCGCCAAUCAGUCGGGCGAGACAUUCUAUCGAAAAAUUGAAAAUGAUUUCAACACCCACUCAAAGGCUCACUACCGUGAUGCAGCGCAAAUCAAAACCCGAUGGACUGCAAUGAACACCGCCACACUUAAAUUUGCUGCAAUCUACAAUGCGAUUGAGCGCAAUCCUCCCAGUGGUUCCAGUCCUGAUGAUUGGCUCGAAGCGGCAAAGACAAACUAUCAAGACCAGACCAAAGGGACAGCAUUCAAUGCACUCUUGGCUUGGCAAAAGCUCCGUCAUGCUCCGAAAUGGCGAGCCAAUGCUUGCGUCGAUCAACCAUCCACACCAAGGGCACUACCAAUACCGACAUCCGAUUCAAUCGACCCCAAAGAGUCGCUCUCCAAUACCCCUGCUUCAUCUAGUGCUCGUCCGAUCGGUGGGAAGGCAGCAAAGAGGCUUCGAAUUGAGGGCUACGCACACGAUGAAUUGGUCUCAAAAGCAAGCGAGUUUGCCGAAAUUUCCCAAGAACGACUUGGCGCUCUUUUGAAGGGGAACGAAAUUCUGACGGCAAAAAACAAGCUCCUGAAGGAAAAAAACCAAAUCGAAGAGAAGCUGCUUGAGUUAGAACGAGAGAAGAUAAAAAUAGAGAAAGAAAAUCGUCGGAGUGAGACCCAGAUGAACGACAUAAAGAUGCUCCGUGAAAGUGUGGAUAUUGAUGACGAUGAGGCCAAAGAAGUCCUGAAGAUCAUCAAGGAUGAAAUCAAGAACAAAUGGCGAGGACGGGCCUGA